UGAGAAUCUCUCUUGUAUCGGUAGCUCUUACCGCCGUUUGUUUAUUUCUCGUAGGAUGUGGCAUCUUACUCCACAACAAGACUCGGAUCCCGCCGGAGGCUAUGGACCGGCAUGCCUACUGUGCCGAUUGCAUCAAUUAUGCAAGCCGUAUAGAUGAUAUGAUUCGUCGUGGCAACAAUGUCCGGGGAAAUCAGCAGUUCUUCAAAUACGCUUCAGACGUAUCAUGUCGUGGCCAACUGUUGAUUAGCAAGCGGUGUCUACGAUAUCGCCGGGCUUUUCUCGAUAAUCCGGAUAAAUUUAUGUUCGAUAUCGAAGUGCCUUCUCAGGCCUGUAUUGCCAUCCAGGCUUGCUAAGGUAGCCUUUCUGUUACCUCUGGCUUCCUGGGUAUUUAAGUUAGGUCAGUGCUAGUAACUGAUCUCUACUCUUCACAAUGCGAUGCAUGUCUGCCGGUGAGAGGUCCACUUUUGUUCUGGACCGGACUUCGAGG